AUGGGCAGAGGAUUGCAACUCGACGAGUAUCAGCGCGGCCAAAUUUCAGUCUGGAAGGCCACCGAAAAAUCUGUACUGUUCAUGUCCAAGAGCUUGGAGAAGUCAUGCAAGGCCAUUUCCAACUACCUGAAGAACCCCAAGCCUGUGGAAAACGCUUUAAAGGCGGAAGGCCUCCUAAACUGA